AUGCCUUCAACAAAAUUUGUUGAGAAAAAGCGUUUAAAACAAGAUAGAUGUGUAAAAAAUAUUCCAAAUUUAAUUGUAUUUGGUGCUAGAAAUCGUCGUAAUAUGAUGGAUGAAGCAUUUCUACAACGUACGCAAGCAAAAGUAUUUGUCGGUCGUCCAUCACCAGCUAUACGAAUCAAUAUGUUAACACCACUAAUUUGUAAAAAUUCAUAG